GCCGCGCCCAGCAGCAUCUCUCUACCCUCCUUGACACCUCCACCUCGCGGCUCCAGACCUGGAAGUCAGCCUCGCAGAUCCACAGGCAGACCCGUAUCCCUUCCCUUCCUCUUCCGAGGGACACCCAAGUCCCUAAAGGCGCCCCUCCAGCCCUUGGGGUCGGUGCUUGGCCGGCACCCGCGCCCUGAGGCUGCCGCACGGGGCAGCGCCGAGUAUCCUUCCUAAGGUCCUUGCUUCUCCCUGCUCCUGUGCCGCCCCCUCCAUCGCACCUGCUGGCCCUCUUAGCCCUUCUUCCCCAGAAUCGUCAAACCCCCAGAUCCUCCCGGCGCCUCUUUAGCAAAGUCGCGCUUCCCGGUCCCCGCGCACUCCCACGAGCCCGGUGUCCCCCGCUGCCAUGAGCUCCCCCAUCGGCAAGAGCUGCUCCCCUGUCGCCUUCCUCCAGCAGCUGCGCCACCUGGGUCAGCCACCCAGGCCCGUGACGUCUGCGGCGUGCGCGCCCCCUCGGCCGCGGGAGGUGCCCCUCUGCCAGCUGAUGGAACCUGGCGAGGCGCAGAACGCGGACGCCCUGCCGGGCCCCACCAACUGGCCGCUGCUGGGCAGCCUGCUGGAGAUUCUCUGGAAAGGGGGCCUCAAGAAACAGCACGACACGCUGGCGGAGUACCACAAAAAGUACGGCAAGAUUUUCCGCAUGAAGUUGGGUUCCUUCGACUCUGUGCACCUGGGCUCGCCGUGCCUGCUGGAAGCGCUGUACCGCACGGAGAGCGCGUACCCGCAGCGGCUGGAGAUCAAGCCCUGGAAGGCCUAUCGCGACUAUCGCAAGGAGGGCUACGGGCUGCUGAUCCUGGAAGGAGAAGACUGGCAGAGGGUCCGGAGUGCUUUUCAGAAAAAGCUAAUGAAACCAGUAGAAAUUAUGAAGCUGGACAACAAAAUCAACGAGGUCUUGGCGGAUUUUAUGGGUAGAAUAGAUGAGCUCUCUGAUGAGAGGGGCCAGAUUGAAGACUUUUACAGCGAACUGAACAAAUGGUCAUUUGAAAGCAUCUGCCUUGUGCUCUACGAGAAGAGAUUUGGACUCCUUCAGAAGAACGCAGGGGACGAAGCUUUGAACUUCAUCACAGCCAUCAAAACAAUGAUGAGCACGUUUGGGAAGAUGAUGGUAACCCCGGUCGAACUGCACAAGAGCCUCAAUACCAAGGUGUGGCAGACCCACACGUGGGCCUGGGACACCAUUUUCAAAUCAGUCAAAUCUUGUAUUGACAACCGCUUAGAGAAACAUUCUGAGCAGCCCAGCACAGAUUUCCUGUGUGAUAUUUAUCACCACAAUCAGCUUUCCAAGAAAGAAUUGUAUGCGGCCGUCACGGAGCUCCAGCUGGCUGCCGUAGAAACGACGGCGAACAGCUUAAUGUGGAUUCUCUACAAUUUAUCCCGUAAUCCCCAUGUGCAACAAAACCUUCUUAAGGAAAUUCAGAGUGUAUUGCCUGAGAAUCAGAUACCACGGGCAGAGGAUUUGAAGAAUAUGCCAUAUUUAAAAGCCUGCCUGAAAGAAUCUAUGAGGCUUACCCCAAGUGUGCCAUUUACAACUCGGACUCUUGACAAGGCAAUGGUUCUGGGUGAAUAUGCUUUACCCAAAGGAGCAGUGUUGAUGCUAAACACCCAGGUGUUGGGAUCCAAUGAAGAAAAUUUUAAAGAUUCAAGCCACUUUAGGCCCGAACGAUGGCUUCGGGAGAAGGAAAAGAUUAAUCCUUUUGCACAUCUUCCGUUUGGCAUUGGGAAAAGAAUGUGCAUCGGGCGCCGACUAGCCGAGCUCCAGCUCCACUUGGCUCUCUGCUGGAUCGUCCGCAAAUACGACAUCGUGGCCACGGACAACGAGCCAGUGGAGAUAUUACACCUGGGCAUCCUGGUGCCCAGCCGGGAGCUCCCCAUCGCUUUCCGCCAGCGGUGAGAGCCUCAGGUGCACAUCUGGGGUGCCG